CAAAACCAGGAUGAGUGCAAAAUACUGGUAAAUUUAGCCAAUGGCAGGAUUAAUAUACGAUCCAUGCCAUGUCCAUUUGAUGGCUGUGACUAUUCAAGAUCUAGGUUGGACAGGCAUUUUGAACUAGCACAUCGUGAGGUGGAGCAGGAAAGGAUUUCCCAAGCCAUCAAUACUUUGAAGUACCAAGCCACCAUCCAGCGCCUCAAAGCUCUCAGGGAGACCAACCCGGACCCUCCCAUGAUCUCAUGUCUUGACAUCGGGACGGAACAAGAAAUGGAGCAUGUAGAACUGGUUCUCCCGAAAGCGGAAGUUGUUCCUGAGGAUCCAUACUCCUGCACAUCCUGCAGCGAACUUAUUUCAAAGAACGUGCAGCUGACCAACGAGCUGGGUGACCUUCGUAAAAAACUGCGGUUCGAGUACAGAUGGGCCAAAAGGGCAAGGAGAGCAAUAAAUCGAAUGCAGGAGGCACUGGAAAAGUCCCCCUCAGGCCCUGUGGAACCGACAGACCUGGAUGCGCUGGGGGAUGAAGGACAGCACGGUUCCUCUUCGGAUGAAGAAGCCAGGCCCACCAAACCAAAACCCAACCCGGCCAAACGCACCUCUUUGUCAGUGCUGCAACAGUAUCCCAAAUUCCCCCCCAGCAUCUUGCAAUACAUCGAGGAUUACUGGGUGCACUUGAAGAGCUGCACUGGUCAGAAGAAGCACCUGGAAAACCAGAAAUCCAAGUUAGGGCGCAUAAUGAACUUCCUCACAUUCAUGACAGAAGGGAGGACAAUCUUGAAAAAUUGGAUGUUUCUCCCGAACAUUAAGAGAAUAAACCAGUGGCCAGAAUUUCUUCUAAAUGAGGGAUUAGUAGAGACAACUGUGAGGGCCUACCUGGUCAACUUGUCACAGUUCCUGGCUUUUUUAGGGACACCCCUCCCUCCGCAUCCAGGGUCCCUAAAACGGCCGUGUUCUCGGUGAUUCGAGCCGUGUCGUCUUGCAUUACUGAGCUGAGGACACCCGUCGUCAUCCGACAGAUCCGCAUCAAGAAAA